GUCAUAUCCGAAGCUCAGGAUGUACAGUGACAGCCUUGCCGGCGCAUGGCAAACCUGGUAGAAGUCCGAAGGUCGCGCGGGCCGCACCAGGGCCGAGCCGGAAUGUCUACUGAACGCGCCCGGCCCCCAGCAUAGCCGCACGCGCGGUCGUGCUCGAAAGUCGGAAUGCACCUGAAAUGUUCACACGCACUGGCGACCCGGCGGCCUGUACGCAAAAGUUAAUCUUCACGCAGGCGGGCGCCGUAGUGCACGCCCAGACAACCUCUGGUGGGCUGUACAACUGCGACCCUGCCAAGUGGCGUGCAUACCUGGCUGUCCAGCGGCAGUACUAGCCGGCGCUGCUCCAGGAGUCCGUCAUCAGCAAGGAGUUCGCUCAGCGGCGCAUGCUGCUGCUGUCCAACAAGCGCAGCGCUCAGGACCGCGCGGCCAACCGCGUGAUGCGGGCCCUGACGCACGGCCUUCCCAAGGAACGGCCGCUGGUGAUCGGGGUGGGCAGCGCGUCGUUCAGCCCCACUGCCGGCGGCGGGGCGCUCGCAGCGCCCAACACAGCAAUGCGCGAGGCGCUGUCGCGUGUGGCACAGCGUGAGCGGCAGGCGACAGGGCGUUCGGUGAAGAUAGUGCCGGUCUGGGAGCACCGCACCACCCUGUGCUGCUCCACGUGCGGAGCAGAGACCCAGGGCGCCUGGGUGCGGCGCAACGGUGUGCUGCGCCGCAGUGGUCGCAUCCGCUACUGCACGGAGUGCGGCACGUCCCGUGACCGCGACGUGCAGGGCGCGCGCAACAUGCUGAGGAUCGUGGAGGACGAGUACGACGGGCGGGGGCGGCCACUGUACCUGUGCCGCCAGGAGCACCUGCCGAAGCCACCCCCCAUGGCGCCGGCAGUGCCCCGCUGCAUCCUGCUGUAGCUGCCUGAUGGCCUACUCGAGGCACUGGACGGCCGGCCGCGCGGCACAGUGGCGGUCAUAGAUGCGCUCAGCGCGCUGCAGGCGGAGGGCGACGUGGCGGCACGGCGCGCGGCACAGGCGGUGGCCGCGGCGAUGGAGCAGCAGGUGGUGGAGGCCAGCGGCGGCAACUCUCUGGUCGGCGAGCCGCAGCUGCAGGCCAUUGACGCGCGGCUGGCUGCUGGCCCGCCGGCAGAGGUCAUGGAUGCGGCCAGCGGCCGGCCGCGCGGCACGGUGGCGGUCAUAGAUGCGCUCAGCGCGCUGCAGGCGGAGGGCGACGUGGCGGCACAGCGCGCGGCACAGGCGGUGGCCGCGGCGAUGGAGCAGCAGGUGGUGGAGGCCAGCGGCGGCGACUCUCUGGUCGGCGAGCCACAGCUGCAGGCCAUUGACGCGCGGCUAUAUAGAGAUUCAGUGUUAAGUUGAUAGGCGAAGUAAUUAAGGAAGGAAGGGCCGGUAUGAAGGAGUAUCAGCACAGCGCGCGGCGGCGGUGGUGGCGGCCGAAAUGAGCCACGCACUGCUGCCACCACGUUUUCAGUUGACGUGGGCGCUGAGUGCGGCUGAGUGCGCCGAGGGACAUGGGCGCUGAGUGCGGCUGAGUGCGCCGAGGGACAUGGGCGCUGAGUGCGGGUGAGUGCGCCGAGGGAUGUGGCAGGUGCAGCGUUCAUGUAGCAAGUGUUGCCC